CGCGCCCUCCCUGGGCUGGGUGAGCGUGGGCGGCCCCGCGUGGCUGGGAGGGAGAGAGAAACACGACACCCCGACAGAAGAGGAGGCGAGGGGGGGCAAGAGGAGGGAUCUCCGGCGGGCGAGUGGAAAAAGAAAAAGUGCGAGCCGGAGAAAAAGAAGCGCAGAGAAAGACGAGAGUUUGCCUCGGCGACUUUUACCCGAGCAGCGCCGCCGUUUUUUGGAGCGCGGGCGGAGACGAGGAAGGCGAGCGCGAUGACGACGCGGAUCACAACACGACCACGCUGCGUGGUUGCGACACGCGGGAGAACAUUCUAGACUCCAUUCCUGCGCUCCUUCCCAACUUCGGCCUGGGCCAUUUCCCCCCGCGGAGUCACACACGCAACUUUCUGCGCACCCGGGGGAAUUUAACCCUUCCGGGAAAGAAACUUUCUUUUAAAGUUUUUUUUUUUUUUGUGCCUCAAGCAAAGUGACAAUAAAAAAAAAAGGUGAUAUUAGGAUAAAUCAUUUUCCAACACGGGAGUGUGCUAGCACGCUAGCGAAGCUAACCAACUUUUAAAGUUGGCGUUCGACGGCAUAAGUGAGCCGAGAAAGUCCCAGACCACCGCCAUGAAGACCCCGGCAGACACGGGGUUUGCCUUCCCUGAGUGGGCCUACAAGCCGGAGUCCAGCCCGGGCUCCCGGCAGAUCCAGCUCUGGCACUUCAUCCUGGAGCUGCUCAGGAAGGAGGAGUACCACGACGUCAUCGCCUGGCAGGGCGACUACGGCGAGUUCGUCAUCAAAGACCCAGACGAGGUGGCUCGCUUGUGGGGGGCCAGGAAGUGCAAGCCCCAGAUGAACUAUGACAAACUCAGCCGCGCCCUCAGGUACUACUACAACAAGAGGAUCCUGCACAAGACUAAAGGCAAGAGGUUCACCUACAAGUUCAACUUCAACAAGCUGGUGCUGGUCAACUACCCCUUCAUCGACAUGGGCUCUGGUCGCAGCAUCCCACAGAGUGCCCCGCCCGUGCCCACCGGCGGCACCCACUUCCGCUUCCCCCCCUCCGCGCCCUCGGACGUGCUGUCGUCCAGCGAGGAGCUGCGCAGCCCGGGCGUGUUCAGCGGCGUGGCGCGCCGCAUGGCCCGCGGCUCCGUCAGCGACUGCAGCGACGGGACGUCCACCAACUCGGAGCUGGAGGAGGCGGUGGGGGCGGAGGAGCGGGCGGCGGGGCCCGACAGGGUUUUCAGGGGGCUCCUCCCGCCCCGCCACCCUCACGAGUCGCUCUUCAGGGUCUACGGCGGCGGCAACCCGGCGGGACUCCCCAGACCCUCCCAUAGGGUCCACCCCGAGUCCCUGUCUCCGUUCCCCGUGUCGCCCCUGCCGGGCCCCGGGGGGAUGCUGGCCCCGACUCUGUCCCCGGCCCUCUCCAUGACGCCCACCCCACACCUGUCCUACACCCCCUCCCCCUCGCUCUCCUCCCCCAUGCUGGGCUCCCACUUCUCCUUCAACCCGGAGGACAUGAAGCACUACCUGCAGGCCCACACCCAGUCCGUCUACAACUACCACCUCAGCCCCCGCGCUUUCCUUCACUACCCCAACAUCAUCAUCCCGCAGCCCCACCGCCCCACCCCCGAGAAGCCGCCCGCCCACCACCUGCACGGCCCGCCCUUGCCUCUCCCCCAUUCGCUGGGGGUCGGCGAGGACGCCCACCAGCACCCGUCGCCUUUCAAGUUCAAGCUUCAGCCGCCCCCUCUUGGCCGCAAGCAGCGGGAUGCGGGAGCCUCAUUGGCUUCUUCUUCCUCCUCCUCCUCCGCCGCUGGCUCCGCCUCCUUGUUCGCUGUGUCCGGACAGAUGGGUGCGGGAGCGCCCAAGAUCAAGGUGGAGCCCAUAUCUGACAUCGAGUCGGAGGAGGAGGUGGAAGUGACCGACAUCAGCGAGGACGAGGAGAUGAACCGUGAUGACGACGACAUCUUCACCGCCGCCUCCCAUCACCCCCUCCUCCAUCAUUCCAGGAAUAGCCCCUCGACCGCCCUCCCGCCGCCCUCCGACCCCGACGACGACGACGAGGAGGUCUUCAAGACGCCGGCCACCCCGCCUCUCAGCGCCGGCCACUCGGCGUUCCCGCUCCUCAGCCUGAAGAGCGAGCCGACCCCCAUCAGCCCCGGUGGUACCCGCUGCAUACCGCUCAAACUCCGCUUCAAGCGCCGCUGGAGCGAGGACCAGAAGAUGGAGGCGUACGGCGAGAAGGACGAGGCUGAGGACAAGAAAGUGCGAGCCGAGGGCAGGGAGGAGGCGGAGGAGCGGAAGAGGGAGGGGCCGGCGGAGAACGGAGGAGGUCGGGGCGUCAUCUUGGGCCUGAUGCUGCCGCCGCCCCCCACCCAGCGCCGGGCCAGCUCGGAGCUGCAGCGAGCCACCGCUCAGCUGUCUUUGGAGAACGCCAGCUGCUGAGCCGUGGUGCACGCCGCUUACGUGCGCACGCCCACGGACCGCAUGAGUGACCUUUGACUGGGCGGGAUCAUUUCACACUCCUUAAAAGGACAUCAUGUUUGGUCUUUUUUGGCGCUCGCCACUUGAAACACUAAAGCAAACAUGGACGCCGCUUGUCACUGGACGCCUCACUGACACGGUCUCAUACUGACGCCGCGACGCCACACAAGUGCCUCGCCGCGUUUACAAGACUAACCGGGGGCAUCGGCCAUCUCGGCGUCAUCGAGGCAACAUUCCGUACUUUACAGAGCCGCUACUUCUAGGCCGAGGACGAGUGCACCCGACUCUUAAGGGGUAAUAGCUAGAGGAAGGCCACGCCCACACGGCCAGGAGGCCACGCCCACUCCACCGUGCUUCGACUCCAGCGUCGAAGGUCUCGUCUUCAUUCCCCAGCCUCCUCGCCCUCGCGCCGCAGUGUUCCCGGCGGGCAUUUACAGCAGCGAGCCGGCGACUUGCUGCUCCUUGGUGAUCUUUUUUAGCGGUUAAACUUUAUUUUUGAUGACCUUGAAAAAAAAUAAUAAUGUUUUUAAAAAGAGAUAUUCUAAUUGGAUGAAAUAAGAUUGUGCCUUUACGAAGCCCCGCCCCCCCUCGCCGUCUCACACAAACUACCGACUUGCCUUCUUCUGUUUUUAAAGUCAAACUACACAAUCUAUAUUUUACUCAAAGUUAAAUGUUAUAUUUCCAUAUGGAAAAGAAACUAAAUAUAUUUUUCAUGUGUUCAUACAAAAUAAAUAUAUAUAUUUAUAUAUAUAUAUAAAAAUAUAUAUAUCUCAGCGGUUGUAUGACCACACCUUUGCCUUCGCUUGAGCCAUUUCUACCUUUUUUGAAGUAAAACUACAAACAUGGCGGCCACAUCUGCCUCAGACAGGAAGUGACGUCACAGUAGAGAGACUUCCCGUGGUUACCACGGAUACACGCAAGGCAGUGGUCGUGGCAUAUUUUAAAAAGGCGGUGUACAAUGUAUUUUUCUACGAAAGUAGCAGUGUCGGCGUCCCCUGUGGUCGGUCAAGAAAAUAAGCGACACGAAAAGCUCCGCCCUUUUUCACCUGUCAUCACUCAGUUUUUGAUCCUUUUACUGUUACUCCUGUAAUGACGCUGUUGUAUUAUUAUUAUUAUUAACCUGCUUAUUUUGUACUUUUUCCCCACCCCCUCCUGUAAGUGAAAUAUUUUUUGCUUCCAAUUUGCACUCCUCUCUUUCUCAUCUUUUCUUUUGUUACCCAUUUUUAUUUUUAUUCACUUCUUUUUCUUUUUUUUACCACAAUCAUGUAAACUCCUGGUGAUUUUUUUUAUUUUAUUUUUUUUAACGGUGUGUGUAUAUAUAUAUUUUUUUUAUCUUUGGAGAUUUGUGAAAGGAGACAAAAAGUGUUGUUUAAAAAAAAAAAUGUAAAAAAAGCAUUGUAAUGUUUCACUGUUUAGUUGUCUACGCCGGCUCUUUCACAGCGGUCAGUCCCAAUGAUUGACAGGAAGUAGCCGUGUGACGUUUCUCUUCUGUUAAUCUUCUCCUGUAAUUGAAACAAUAAUCAGGGUUUAUUAAAAGGUUAAAAAAUGUA